AUGGAUCCCCGUGACAAGCUCACACUGGAUUUGGUGGACCUGAUCAAACAAUGGAAAGCGGAAGGGUGUGAGAUUCUCCUUGGGUUAGAUGCAAACGAAGAUGUCUCCUACAACUCUCCCUCUUCCUUCCGCCAAGAAAUGCGGUCUGAAGGCCUGACCGAGGCCAUCUUACGCCGACAUCAGGGCCCUUACCCAGCAACAACCCAAAGUCGGACGACGGAUACCCCCAUCGAUGGUAUAUUUGUGACUGACGGCGUCCGUGUAACUGCAGGUGGAUACUUGGACUUUCAGCAGUAUUUUACGUCGGACCACAGGGGACUCUGGAUUGACAUUGACCUGGAAGCGACUCUGGGGCCCCACCGGUGA